AGCAAAAAACGAGAAUGGCCAGCAGCCUGGCAGACGAAUGCACAUCUCUCAAGCUGCCAUACGAUUCAUGCUUCAACGCCUGGUUUGAAGGUUAUCUCCAGCCUGCUGUAAACUUGUCUGCAGCACAGCGGGCUGAGUACUCGAAGGCGAAGGCGGACGAGUUUGAGCAGAAAUGCGGCAAGGUGUGGAGAGAAUACCAGGCAUGCGUUAAGAGGGCUGUGAAAGACAAAGGUCUUGACGAAAUGCUUACGGAGGCAACGAAGGACAAUCCCCUGACUAGUCCACCUACUGUUUCUGGAUCGUAGAAUGAGCUUCAGCGGAAUGCUCAAAGAAGAAAAUAUAGCCCCCUCUUUCUUUCAUCCAAGACGCGAGGUGUUAUUGUGAUUUAAACCAUUCAAACCCUUGGCUCAUUUGACUGUGUUUAAGAUACAUCUAUUCAUUGCACUCAUUCCUGCACGUUCGAUAACAGUAUUUUUCAUCUAAUACGCCAAUUCGGAUCGUAACCUGUCAAAGCCAGAGGUAGAAGUGUUCACUCUGGUUCCCUAAAACUUGCCCGCGUGAUGACAAAUUUCCUACCUGCUGAGGGGCCUUGCCCUGGUGACGCUCACGAUUGGCAUUCAUUCUGGUCCACUUUCCGGUAAACUGGAGAAGGGAACCGCUUGGAUGUCAAUCGAAGAACGGAAAGCUGAUGGGCUUCUGUCAAUGUUGUAGAUAUA